AUGACUCCUGAGGAAAUAGACAUAGCUCUCCAUGCUGUCAUGCUGUCAAGUAGCCAAGAAGGGGGGUGCCUACUAUGGGGGUAUAGAGUGGUGAUCCCAGAAAAAUUGAGGAAAAGGGUGUUGGACCUCCUCCACGAGGGUCACCCAGGGAUCGUUAGGAUGAAGGGUCUAGCAAGGAGCUAUGUGUGGUGGCCCUUAAUGGACUCAGAAAUUGCUGAAAGGGUAGGGAAAUGCCAGGCCUGCCAGGAGUCCAGACCUCUACCCCCAACGGCCCCGGUUCGGGAAUGGGAAAGACCCCAAGGGCCCUGGUCUAGAAUCCACAUUGAUUUUGCCGGCCCCUUCCACGGCCAAACCUUCCUGGUAGUAGUCGAUGCCUACUCCAAAUGGCUGGAAAUCAUUCUCAUGAGAUCCAUGACAGCCGAGGCCGUGAUCUCAGUCCUACGGCAUCUAUUUGCAACACAUGGGUUGCCCGACACAUUGGUAUCCGAUAACGGCCCGCAAUUCACGGCAACACAGUUUGAGGAAUACUUGGCAGAAGAGGGCAUCCGGCAUGCCCUCUCGGCGCCUUUCCACCCUGCGACGAAUGGCCUUGCAGAGCGUUUCGUCCGAAGCGCGAAAGAGGCAUUGUCCAGACUCAAGCCAGGCGACUGGCAAUCAAAAAUAGAUGUUUUCCUGGCCGUCCAACACCGAACCCCCUGUGCCACAACCGGCAGAAGCCCUGCAGAAUUACUAAUGGGCCGAAAGCUCAGGUGCCCACUAGACCGUUUGAAU